ACUACGAGGCAAUUACGUUUAAGUAGCUAUCCACAGUUUGCGUGUUGAACGUGAGCUGCACUCCCAUUGGCUAACAUUUGGCCGCGAAGGCCUUCCGGCCAGGUGAAUCUAUUUUUAGUUUGUUUGACUGUUGCCAACGCAAUAAAACGUUGCUCAUAAAGCCAAAGAAAAACAUUUUGUAUAUAGUUUGACUUGGAUCGUUUCUCAUUGUUGGUUGUGCUGGGGUCCACAAUGACGCUCCGAUUUCAAUACUUUUAUUACGCUUCGAUCAUGAUGUUGGCUUGUUUGCUGACAGGAAUUUCAUUUCAGUACUAUACCGAUCCUGCAAUUCCAAUCGAUUGGGUACCGAAUCUAUUGAUUGCCACUAAUGUCAGACGAAAUCAUAGCGAACGAUCAUCAUCCGAUAGCAAAGUGAACUAUCCUUGGACGGACGAUCCCACAUGCCGCCAUUUUAGCGUCCAGUUUGCGAAGAACAAAUCUCUUCCUAAAUGGGCUUUGACUUCUUUCCCCGGAAGUGGAGUUACUUGGACGCGACAGUUGAUCGAAGGCGUAACUGGGAUAUACACUGGAACAGCUCAUGGAAGCAGCGAAUCCCCAAUCGUCGAUGGAAAUCACCACGGCAACGAGGCUGAACACGAUUGCGGCUGCACGAUUCUUAUCAAAGAUCACGGAUACCCAGAGACGCAUCAGCCUUUUGUCGGGACCGGGGGACCGUACGAGAACAGAGGGAUCCUCCUCCUUCGCAAUCCGUUCGACGCUUUAUUCACAUUCGGCCAUUUCUUGUGGAGUGGCAACGAUCAACGAGGUACGGUCUCACCCAAUGUUUUCAACGGUACCGAUUGGGACGAGUACGUCAUCUACGUGGCAUCCGAAUGGGCUGAUCACGCAGAACGCUGGAUUGAAAACAUUCAACACGGAACUGUCAUUUUCUACGAACGGCUUUUACAAGACACUGAGAAUGAACUGAAACAUUUAUUAAAAGCCAUUCAUUUCAUCGAUCCCAACCAUCCACCUGUCGAUCCGGAGCGGAUGCGUUGCGCUCUGCAACACAAGAACCGUUUGGAUCGUAAACGUGCCAACAAACCCAAGGUUCCACUACGAUUAAUGGAGCAUUCCAGAAUCAUGUCUUCGAUUGAAAGGGUACAAGCAAGCCUUAGUAAGAAAGGAUGGCCGUUGCUUCCGCUUCACCUGUACGAUUUACAUAAACCUGCGGAUGUAUUGCGUGUACUGGAAUAAAUGCCCUGAAAUUUGUGGCUCAA